AUGUUUAAAUUGGAAAGGAUAAUACAGAUCAUUUUCUUUUUGAUGUGGAACCUUUGUUAUGUCACAGCGUCAUUUUCUGAUUUUAUAAACUUAUUAAAAAUAGUGGAUGCUGAACAAGAAAUGCUUAUUGACGAAAUUCGGAUAGACUGUGUUCAAAGCAUAUCUAAACCGGGUGUCUACACGUUCAAAUCCGAUCCAAGGUUACCAUUUUCCAAAUGUGACAUAACAUUAGAGGUACCUGAUGAGACAAUAGCCUACGUGAGGCCUUCUGAAAGGACAUGUGAGACCACAUCUAGCACAAAUAUCUCAAACAUGUGUGAUAGACCUAUGCAGGAAGAGCAGCUGUAUAGUGGCCAUCAUCAUUUCCUCUUUGAUGCCUCUGAAUCAGUGACCAUCCAUGUACAAAUCACACCGAUUUUUAGACUUGGUUGCGCAGAGUGGGCAAAAAAUGUGUACAGCCUUUCGGGCCACACAAUUAUUCUUGAGAACAAUCUCGGAAGCAAAUACUGUAUGGUACAAAUGCCUGCCUCUCUAGAAAUUACGUGGAUAAACUAUGAAACAACGAAUCGAAAAAAACCGUGUUGCCCAGAUGUUUUCGUGGCGUCCACGGAUUUUGCGGAAAAUCCAGUGGGCUACAGUGAUUCAUUCAACGCCUGUGAAAUGCGUGCGAAUCAAGAGACAUACAUUACACGGUGCGAGAUGACGUAUAUUUACUUCAGACAGUCAGCUAAGCACGAUAAACUCAUUUUUCGGAUCAAACCAAGACACAAGAAACAUAUUGAUGAAUGUAUACCAGUGCCAGAAGAACUGGAGCCAAGCAACUUCACAUGCAUCAAAAAGCCAAAGCCAGCUCGAAACCGGUCCAAACUCACAUUUUUAUAAAUUUUCAUAGCCAUGUUAGUAACCUACAAUAAUAGAACAAUGGGUAAUAAUAAGCUGUCAUAUCUGUUAACACUUUGUCAUUCCUGUAUAACUGAUCUCAAUGUGCCUUUUUCUGUGAUUUCUUAUUUUACGGUCAUUAUAGUCUAUAGAAUUUUAUUAAAUUGCACCGUUACUUGCCAAAUAUGUUAUUUUGAAUUUGAAGACUGAUUCCAGUUUGGAAUCUAUUCCCGUAUCAGCUUGUUCUGAUUUUUUGUUAUAUUAAUUUUUGCUUUAAUGGGUACUUUUUCUCUUGGAGACAUAAUACGAUAUCUCAUAAUAUUGUUCAAUGAAAUCUCAAACAUAUUAUCUACUGAUAAUGAAUUUGCAUGAU